AUGACCCUUACUUUUAAUCACCAGGCCGCCGGCGUAACCCAGAGUGCAAUCCCACACAACGCGGCGAAGUCUCCGGACGAUAAUGUGGUGACGAUGACUAACAAUGGCAUUGGCGAGACUUUCGCUCGAGUACCUGCUGUUGAUAUAGAUGAUAUCCCAGGACAACUUCCCACUGCGCAGAUACCAGAUGGCACAAACCUCGACACGGUGGUGAAGCACACUAUAGACCGUUUGAAUAACGGAGAACUGCCUGAUCUCCUUGCAGUCGAAAGUCUUUGGCGAGACAUAUUCGCUCUGACGGGAACGCUGAGGACCUUUCACAGCUCAACCACCAUCUCGGCAGCCUGGCGAGACUUGCAAACUGUCCAUAAGCCAGGAAAGUUUGCCAUUGUGGAGGCCUCAACCCGAGUCAAACAAAUAGAUGGCCAGCACAGUUGGAUUCAUGCCCGCAUCUCGUUCGAAACGCAAGGAGAUCUGCGGCUUAGAUGCACAGGGAGCAUUGGCCUAAUACCAGAAGGGAUCGGCUGGAAGAUCUGGCUCUUGACUACAGUUCUCGAAGAGAUUGUAGGAUUGGGCAGUCCUGACAAGCUGUCUGUCGACACAACUAAUACAUCCCACUCCACUGCUGAAACCUCCGACCUGCGCGACGAGUAUGACUGCGUCGUUGUUGGGGCGGGAUUCGGAGGUCUUUGCGUUGCCGGCAGACUAAAAGCAAUAGGAGUUGACUAUCUGGUCGUCGAUAAGCAAGAGAGGAUCGGGGAUAACUGGUUGGAUCGCUAUGACUCCGCGCGGUUUCAUACAUCCAAGUGGUACAGUGACCUGCCGAUCGAGCGUGUCUUUGACGAGAGCAAUAAUUACUAUCUCACCGCGCAAGAGCUGGCCGACGGGUAUCAGAAAUACGUUGAUCGCCUCAGUAUUAACGUUGCCCUGUCAACUUCCUUGGAGAAAGCCACCUAUCGUACGGAGCAGAGCGAUUGGAUCUUGCGCCUAAGCCAAGCAGGUCAGAUGAGGACCGUGGUAACGAAGCACGUCGUUCUGGCUAUUGGUGCUGGUUCCGGCCAGAUCCCAAAGAUGCCUGAACUUCCUGGCAGAGACAAGUUUCGCGGCACCGUCCUGCAUUCCAAGUUCUACAAGAAUUGCAAUGGGUGGAAGGGUCUUCGAGGCGUCGUGAUCGGUGCUGCUAACACGGCGCAUGAUGUGGCAGAAGACAUGGUGGCUGCCGGUCUGCAGUCAGUGACAAUGCUUGGCAUGAGCGCACAGGCUGCCAGUCAGCCGGAACGCUUCGAGGCAUUAGAGCGGGCGGGAUUCAAGCUGGAUCGCAGCUUUGAUCUGUGGCAGUGCAUGACAAAACGUAAUGGUGGCCAUUAUAUGGACGUUGGUGGCUCUGCUAAGAUUGCGAGCGGAUUGAUCAAGAUGAAAAGCGAUGGGUUGUUGGAGGAGUUCACAGAAUCCGGGCUAGCCUUCAGCAACGGCAGUCAUCUACCAGCGGACGUGGUCGUGUUCUGCACGGGAUUUGCCAACGAGUAUCGCAACGAAGCUGUCAAGUUUGUUGGGCCCGAGUCUGCACCAAUGAUGGACGACUACUGGUAUCUCGAUAGCGAAGGAGAGCUUCGUGGCGCUUUCAAAAAACAAGGCCUUCCCGGAAUCUGGUACACCGGAGGUGGCGUGCAGCAUGCGAGAUUCUAUUCCCGCUUCAUUGUCCUACAGAUCAAGGCAGACCUUAUGGGAAAAUCUCUUCCAGUAUACAAGGCCCGAAAGUAUACAAAAGAGCCCUCUGGACAGGUCGGCAAAACAUCUUCAAACGUUGAAACAGCUUCUUGA